ACAUACUUUUGGUGGACUAUGAUUUUUGGGCGUUGCAUUGUGAUAUGGAAUAAAGAACACAAAGGAAGGUGAGCACACGAGGAGGACAGGCUGAAGCAUGGAGCAGCAGCUAGCUAAUAAGGAUUUUGCCGCCGUCAUCAAUGAAUUACCGGAAGGUACAUUCCAAAGGUUCCCGCUGUGCUCAGUUCAUGGAGUACCGCUAAUGAAACCUAUUGCAGACCGAUGGGAAGAUGUGGAAAAUGUGCAAGCCAGACCAGAUGAUAUCCUCAUAGUGUCUUAUCCCAAGGCAGGCACCACAUGGAUGCAAGAAAUUGUGGACGCCAUAAUGAAUGAUGGUGAGGUAGAGAAGACCAAGCGUGCUCCCACCCAUAUACGUUCCCCAUUUCUAGAGAUGUUCGCUCCGCCUCCCUUGCCUUCUGGUAUAGAUGUUUUGAAUAUGACUCCAUCUCCCCGACAAAUAAAAACCCAUCUUCAGUUUAAGUUGGUGCCGAAAUCUUUUCGGGAGCAAAAGUGUAAGACAGUUUACAUUGCUCGGAAUGCAAAGGACACCGCGGUGUCAUAUUAUUUCUUUGAUCAGAUGAAUAAGACUCAGCCAGAUCCCGGGACCUGGGAUCAGUAUGUGGAAAAGUUCAUAAAGGGUGAAGUUGCCUGGGGAAGCUGGUUUGAUCAUGUGAUUGGCUGGUGGAAUGUCAAGGACAAGCACGACAUCCUCUAUGUGUUCUAUGAGGAUAUAAAGGAGGACCCAAAACGAGAGUUACGAAAACUGAUGGAGUUUCUGGGGAAAAACCUCUCAGAAGAAGCGUUGGAUAAGGUCUGCCACCAUAUAGCAUUCAAAGCCAUGAAGGAAAACCCAAUGGCAAAUUAUUCCACCAUUCCCGAUGUGAUCCUGGACCAGUCCCACUCGCCCUUUAUGAGGAAAGGUGAAGUUGGAGACUGGAAGAAUCAUUUUACAGUAUUACAGAAUGAAAUGUUUGACAAGGAAUACGAAGAGAGAAUGAAAGGAAUGGACCUGAGAUUCCGCACAGACAUCUGAUCAUGAAAUAUUGGGGCCUGGAAGUUCUACAGGAAAUGGAACAAGAUCUGUGCUAUAGUCUUGGAUCGGUUCGCCUACAAACAGCAUCCAAUCAAAUCUCUAGGAAAAAUCAGCCCUUCAAAAGUCCAUAGUCCUCAUAAAUAAAUUCCUAAAAUGUCCUUUACAGGACAUCUUUGAAACCUUUGUGUUAAAUAAAGUUGUAUAACCGA